AUGAAGUCGGCCCUGUUUCUCUCCCUGUUCGCGGCAGCUGGCGCCAUAGAGCUCACGAAGGACUCUUUCCGGGAUCCGCGGGAGACGUGGGAUGAGAAGACGGCAGGCAAGAGCGUCUUCGUGAAGUUCUUCGCGCCCUGGUGCGGUCACUGUAAGGCCAUGAAGAAGGACUGGGACAAGCUCAUGAAGGAGUAUGCCAGUCAUGAUUCGAUCUUGGUCGCAGAUGUUGAUUGCAUCGGCGAGGGCAAGGCCAUGUGCGACGAAGUGGGCGUGGAAGGCUUUCCGACCAUCAAGUACGGAGACCCCGCGAACCUCGAGGACUACGAGGGAGGCCGGGAGCUGACAGAACUCUCGAAGUUCGCAAAGGAGAACUUAGGACCCAGGUGCGGCCCCGCCAACUUGGAGCUCUGCGAUGCAGACAAGAAGAAACAGAUCGAGGAGUUCCUGGCAAUGCCAGCAGCUUCCUUGAAGAAGGAGAUCGAGGCGAAAGAUGAGGAGAUCUCGGCAGCCAGCAAGGAGCACGAAAAGUUUGUGGAGUCGCUGCAGAAGCAGUACGAGGAGUCCGAGAAGAAGCUGACGGAUGCCAAGCAGCGCAUCAAGGACAGUGGGCUCGGGCUGAUGAAGGCCGUGAAGGCGUACCGGAAGACGGUCAAGAAGGAGGAGCUCUGA